CAGCUGAACACGAAAUUCCCGCACUUCGUAUGCGGGGCUGAUCCCGCGGUCAAAGUUCUCACUACACUAUAUUCGGCCGUUAAACUCGUAACUAGGUCGAAAAUGACUCUCCUCGGGUCGUCGCAACUCGUUAUCAAUAGGGCGGGAUUGACUUGUGUCUUUCCCGGCCCUGGCGUGUUGGAUACGGAUACCCAGCCGAGCCAGCCAACGGUGAAUGUCAUAUUUGUUCACGGACUCAGGGGUCACCCACGGCACACAUGGGAGUGCUCUGACGAGAAUGCUUCUGUUGGCCAACAAAGGAAAAGGUUCAGUUUUUGGCGGUUCCCCCGUGGCACAAAUGCCGAGGCGUCGCCUGCCGUGGAGAACGAUCCACAAGAAACCUCGAGCUCUAGAGGAGCCUUUUGGCCAAGUGAAAAGCUUCCUCACGAAGCGCCUCUGGCGAGAGUAUGGACGUACGGCUACGAUGCGGAUGUGAUCGCCUUCUUCAGGGGUCACGACAAGAACAGCGUCACCGAUCAUGGCCGAGACUUGAUGGUCAAAGUAGAACGAGGCCUCAAAAAUAAGGACCCAAUAAUAUUCGUCGCUCACAGCCUUGGUGGGCUAGUUGUCAAACGGGCAAUGCGGCAGAUGCAAACUAGCCUGCACUACAAAUACACGGAAUGCCACCGUCGCAUUCAGGCUGUAGUCUUCUGUGGCACCCCACAUCGAGGAUCCACCAUGGUAGGAUGGGGUAAAAUAGCUGCAAAUCUAGCCAAGGUUGCGCUUAUGGACUCCAACUCGAAGCUUCUUAAUAACCUCAAAGUCGAUGCGGAAAUUCUCGAUGUUAUCCAAGAAGACUUCUUGAAACUUCUGGACGAGUUUCCAAUCAAAAUUCACUCAUUUCUCGAAGGAUGUUCGAUGACAGGGUUGAAAGGAUUCAGUUCAAAGGUCGUUGACGAUUAUUCUGCCAAGCUCGGAUGGUCAAAGGAGAUCGUUGAGUCUAUCAACGCGGAUCACCGCGCAAUGGUCAAGACCAAGGGAGUUGAAGAUAUUUCAGUUACUAUUGGGGACUUGGUCCGAGAUGUACAAGCGUCCUAUGGAAGUGCCAAGCUGGAAGAUUGUCGCGCUAUCGUCUCUACGACUUCACGUGAUUCCGAAUACAAUCGAAAGAUUGAACAGAUCACAGAAACCUGCAUUCUUAACUCAUUGAAGUUCGACACAAUAAACGAUCGAUAUCGUGGAAUAGAGAUUGCCCAUAAAAGCACUAUCGAUGCGCACAAGAGCACCUUUGGCUGGAUCUUUGAUCGGCCUGGACCUGGAUUCGUUGAUUGGUUAGAGAGUGCCAAUGGGAUAUUCUGGGUUAAUGGGAAAGCUGGAUCUGGAAAGUCGACUCUCAUGAGGUUCAUCGCAGAUGACGCAAGAUUGAGCCGCCAUUUGAACAGUGCUGGGGCCGUGAAAAGAGUCACUUUACAAGCCAGCUUCUACUUCUGGGCUGCCGGAUCGCCAGAGCAGCGUUCCCUGAAUGGCCUUUUGAGAACGAUUUUAUACCGGAUCUUGGCGCAUGCGAAAGCCCUCCUGCCGAUUGUGUGCUCCAAGCAAUGGAGUAGCCUUAGCUCUAUUGCAUUUGGAAUGCUUGGGUCAGCCCGGAUCGACCAAAGGGAAAAGCGGACCAAAGACCUGGAAAGACUGGGACAGCAAGAGAGUGAAGAACGGCAGAUUCAAUUUGCGCAUGAAAAAGCAACUGCUCUGGUCAUACAUGAAAUUUCUCAAGAGGAAUGUCUACAGUGGAGUCGAAAUGACCUCCUUCGAUUAUACCACGCCACUUUAGAGGAGUUUCCCUCGACAACGACGUUAUUUCUACUCCUUGAUGGUCUUGACGAGUACGAGGCUACGGAAGAGGAGUUGGAAAACCUGGUGGAGUUACUGAAGCGGACAAGCCAAAGAUCCAACUUGAAGAUAUGUCUUUCUACCCGGCCUUGGACGAUUUUCGAGAACCAUUUCGGCAAAGGACAAUGUCCGUCCCUACAGUUGCAGAAUUUUACCUAUGACGAUAUUCGAUUGUUCGUCGUAGAUUCCUUCGACCGGUCACACCUCAUGCAGACCAUGACCCAGGCCAAUAUGGAUCGAAUGCCGGACUUUUACUUGACCAUCGUACGAAAAGCAGAGGGUGUUUUUCUUUGGGUACGACUCGUGGUGAAAUCUUUGAUCAGAGGAUUGCGGAAUGGCGACGAGCUCUCGGACCUCCAGAGGAAACUUGACGAGCUUCCCAGAGAUCUUGAACGAUUGUACAGGCACAUGUUCGAUCGAGUGGGGAUCGAGUACUGGGAAAGGUCGUCAAAAAUAUUCGCCAUUAUCAAUGCAGCUCAAGAGCCACCGAGCGCGCUGACUAUUUGGUACUCUGGAGACUCUGAGUCCAAUCCUCUCGAAGACAUAUCCGAAGAGACUAGGCUAGCGCGUUGCUAUCAGGUGCAUCUUCGACUGAUGAGCCAGUGUGCAGGACUCCUGGAACUACGCAGUUCGGAUUUUGGCGCCAACAUUGUCGAGGGGUUGGAAGAAGAGGCGGCAAGGUGCGACUUGUUACAGCCAUACGAGUUGUGGCCUCAUUCAGCACGGCAGCAUUAUUUGCAGUCAACCGUGCACUACCUGCACCGGACAACUAAGGAUUUUCUUCGCACGGACGAGAUUACAAGCAUCAUUCGAAAUCGAAUUAACGGUAGUGUGCAAGGGAGAUCUUUCGAUCCUCAUAGGUGGCUAGCCAUACACACCUUAGUAGGACUGAGGAGAGUCAUGGCGACCUGCCCUUACUACGAGGACGUCGAGCUCUUCUAUUGCGAUGAUGAUGAGCUUCCAUUCGAUUUUGAUGCACAUCGCGUUGCCCGCAUUAGUCGUAUAUUCAACUUCCAUGCCACAAGUUGUUCGGAUACGGAGCGAGUCGCUCGCCUUACUAAGAUCAAGGACGCAAUGCUCCAGCGGCGUGGGCUAAGAGAUCCAGGCGGCGUCCCAAAGAUCACAGGGUCAGUCAGCCUAAGUUCUGGUAUUAACGUCGAGAGUGGGGCGGGACUUCCUGAGGGGAGAUUGAACCAGCCUUUGGUAUCGGAUUCUAUCAAAAGAGGGACGGACUUUCUCCUUGUCUCUGGUGGCAGUUCAUCCUUGGUGCCAAGAAAGCCGGAAUUAGGGUUUGAGGACGAAUUGAAAUCUCUUCUUCGAGAGGAGGGAGUCAGGUUUGAUCGCAGACAACCGCUCAAGCGUCAACAUAUCAAGUCGGACUGGUCAUACCCAUGUCCACCGAUCGAGAGCGUGGAGUUUAGCGCCCGGAGGUCUUCUCAGUAUAUCGAGAGGGACACUAAUCAAAUAUGACAAUCGAGCACCAGACACCCGGCACGCCACGGUCGGUGCCACACAAUUUGCAGAACAGACAGACUGGCCCCUGAAGCGGCCUAGGUUGGAUUCUAGUCAAACUUGGUCUCUGCUGAAUCCUGCUGAAUCCGGCCCGAACCCGGCCCGUGCGGGGUGUAAGAGGCCCUCAAGCUGCUAGCUAGCGGCUUGGGAUUUUUCCCUCUAGGAUAUACAUUUUAAGAGUCAUAGAUAAGAGAUUUUGAAUUCCUCCCUUUUCAGACUCUAUUGAUUACACCGACCCUGACGGGU